GUUCAGAUAAAUGCAAAAAGAGAGGAUGCGGCACUUUAUGGUCAUGUGAUGGUAACUGGAAGCUAACGUAUCCCAUAUGCAUGUUUGAUACUCCCAAAGAGUUGAGUGGAUUUUCUGGACAGCUUAAUUAUGUUUCCGCAUGUCCAAAUCAACCAGAAAAUGGAGAAGCAUUCUGUGAAGAACAUAAGGAAAAAGCUAAAAGCCUGGGAAUUCCCACAAUUUUAGGAGAUUAUGUUAAAUACAAAAAGCAAAAUUCUAGAGACAUUGGUUUGGCUGGUAAAAAGGCAGACAAACAAGUUGACCUACAUGCUGCAUCAGACUGCCAAGGUACAACAGGCAUUAUUGACAAGUUUCCCAAUAUGUCGGCAGACUUGGAUGAUGAAGACAGUAGCAGCAAACCUUCCUGCAACAAAGAAACUGGAGAGAAGAAACGCAUUCAAAGAUGGACUAGGGGUCACUUUUUUGUUGUUCGUGGAGGGGGACAUAUUGACACAUGGCAACCUUUAUACCAAUCUGAAGGUCCUGCACAGGUUUUUUUGAUAUUACUUGUUUGGAUGAUCUCAGCUAUGCAAGAAAUGAGUAGAAAGGACAGACAAGAGAUAUAUC